CACUACACCAGCAGCAAGUAUUUUGCGCGCUUUUAUUUUUAAAUUUUCAACCCUAAAUAUUACAUCGGAAUCUAAAAUUUAAUCACCUGAGGUGUGAAGUCCGUCGUCAUGAGUGCACUUUUAGGUAGAAUAAUCGUAAUCAAGCGGAAUGGUUCAGACGGAGCUCAUUUUCCACUUCGCUCAAAAGAGUGUUUAUUUGGAAGAAAUAACGAAUGUGACAUACGAAUUCAGUUACCAAACGUAUCGAAGGAACACGCAAGAAUAACUGUUGAUUCAGACAAAAAGGUUUGGUUAACCAAUCUAAGCAAAUGUGCAGACACUUUACUUAAUGGUGCUAAGAUUCCUGACUCCAUAGAGAUCUCUCAUUUGGAUGUGUUUACGAUAAGUGACAGAUCAUUCAGAUUUGAGUUCCCAACUCCCAAGAAAUUAACACCCAAGAAGUCACCAAAGGAAAAACGUCGUUCCAGUAAAGGAACUCCCCUUAAAGCAAAACAAGAGUCCUUGUCCAUAACUCCAAGAGGAAGCCCUCGCACGCCUCCAGUUGCUGAAACCCUCAAGGAAAACAUCCAUCUUCUUCGAAGAUAUUCUGUACCUUUAAAAGAAGUUGAUGAAAGUCUUGCCUCUCCAAUGCCAUCCAAGUCACCUCUUGCUAAAGUGUAUGAAAACACUGACAUGGAAGCUUGUGCUACUCCAUCUGGAAAAAGAAAAUCUACUGGAAGCAGUUUAUCCAGUGCAAAGAAAUCCAAGAGAGUCUCUUUUGGCCCAUUUUUAAGUCCUGAGCAAUUUGACAAAGAGCUUCCCCCUGCUACCCCAGUGAGACGUGGCGCAGCACCAAGAAGAUCGCUCUCGGAAGCUAAACCAAUCUUGAGUGAGAAGAAGAAGAGACGUUCUGUAGCAGCCUCACCUAAAGCGGCAGCAAUCUUCGAGGAGCAAGAACCAGAAGAAAAAGCAAGUGAAACUGAUGAGUCAACAAGUUGUCUUGAUGAUGAGCCACCGAAGAAGACUGAAGAAGAAGCAGUUGCUGUACAAGAGAUGAAAGAAAAUGAUUCAGAAGAGAUAGUAGAAGCAGUCAAGACUCCUGAUGUACAAAUGCCAAUAGUGGAAAGCCCAAAACCUGCUCCCAUUGAAACACCAAGACGAUCGAGUAGAAGACUAAGCAAAACUGUGACAUCUUGUGAAGAGCCUAUACCUGUGGCCAAUGCAGAGAAAGAACCUUUUGAGAACAAGAAAAAAAAGCUUGCAACUCCCAUACGAAAAGCAAUUGAAAAUGGGAUUGAGUUGAAGAAGACCAAGAAAAAGAUCGCAACACCUUUGAGGAAGGAAAUUCACUCUAAGCCAACACUCAAGGAGACCAAAAAGAAGUUGGCCACCCCUGUUAGGAAGGGAAUCCAAGCUGGCAUUGAGCUUAAGGCUACAAAAAAGAAACUGGCUACACCCCUGCRAAAAGAAAUCAUAAAAGGUGUUGAACUCAAAGCUACAAAGAAGAAGCUAGCCACACCACUUCGCAAGGAGAUACAGUCGAAGCCAAGUCUUAGGCAGACCAAGAAGAAGCUGGCCACACCUUUGAGGAAAGAAAUCCUUGCUAAACCAUCCCUAAGAGAAACCAAAAAGAAGCUAGCAACUCCUGUGAGACAAGAGAUACAAAGCAAACCCAAGCUACGGCAGACUAAAAAAUUGAUGGAUAAAGACCUACAAGAAGAUAUCAAACAAGGAAAGAAACUACAAGCCACUAAAAAGAUCAUGGCAUAUGACUUGCAGAUUGACAUCAUUAAAGGCAAGAAACUAAAAGAAACCAAGAAGAAGAUGGCGACGCCUUUGAGAGAGGAGAUUAAGAAGGGAAAAACACUCAAGAAGACAAUGAAGAGAAUGCCGACACCACUGAAGGAAGAAAUACAGAUGGGAAUCAAGUUAAAGUCAAAUAAGAAGACAUUGCCAACUCCACUCAAAGAGGAGAUUAAACAAGGAGUAUCACUCAGACAGACAAAGAAGAAAAUGGCCACACCAAUGAGGAAAGAAAUCGAAGGAGGUAAAGUUCUUAGAGAGACAAGGAAGAAGAUGGAGACACCAAUGAGGAAUGAAAUUGAAGGAGGUAAAGUUCUUAGAGAGACAAGGAAGAAGAUGGGGACACCAAUGAGAAAAGAGAUUGAGGAAGGAGUUACUCUCAAGACUCGUAUCAAAAAAAUGGCCACUCCUAUGAGGAAGGAAAUUGAGGCAAAACCAAAGCUGAACUCAACUAAGAGAAGGAAAUCAAGUUCAUCGGAUGAAGAGAAUCCUGCAAAGAAACUGAAGAAAACACCAAAGGAAUCAGAAACAACUAUCAAGAAAGCUCUAAAGACUCCCCUGAGAAGAGAUAUAGAAGCUGGCUUCAAACUCCGUCAGACCAAGAAAAGACUUGCUACUCCUUUAAGGCAUGAGAUUCAGAAGAGGCGAUCACUGAGAGCUGUGAGAAGGAAGUCAACUAAACUAGGGGACAUAGCUGAACAGCCUGCAAGAAAGCCAACAUAUGCAGAAAUACUUAAAAGACCAAAGAAGAUAGCAGUGAGGAGGCUGUCCAAGAAACUUGUACCUGGCACUAAGUUUGGACCAACUGCAACUCCAGGACAGGCAACAAGGGUUGCUAGUAAACAGAAAACUCCUGCUAAAGAACAAACCAAAGACAAAGAGACUCCUAAAAAACCUAAAGUGUUGACUCCUGUAGUCAAAGAGGCAGACCCCGUAGAAGAAGUACCCGAGGUGGUAGCUACCCCUGUCACAAGAAACUCCAGGAAAUCUGGAAACUGGCUGGACACCAUCGCGAAAUCUCUAAACAAUAAAGAGGAACGAGAAAUGGUUGAAGAAAACCUUGAAGGGUUGCAGGAUAUGUUUGCCACCCCUGAGGAAGCUGUUAAGAAGAUUAAGAGCAUCAGAAAGAAAUCUGGCAACUGGUUAGACGCGAUUGCUAAGACUCUUCAUGGUGAUAAGACCAGGAGAUCUUCAUCUGGUCAUCUCGAAGGACUUCAGGACCUGUUCGGUACACCCUCUAAUGAUUCAUUCAGUUUGGCACUAAUGUCCAGUCCUGCUUUUCAAAGCGUUACCCCAUCUCUUCGACGCAAAGACGAUCAAAUGUCUGUUCAAGUAGUACCUGCCCAAGCCUCCAAGACCCCUUCGCUGCGUCAAGCUGCAAGCAUACGUAGUGCAAGUAGAAAGAGCGUUGCCACUCCGAAAAUGAUAGAAGCCAUUGAACCUAACAAAACACCAUCAUUAAGAUCAGCGGUGGAAACUGAACAAAGCUUUGGCCUUGAUCUGCUGUUUAGUCCAGUACAACAAGCAUGUACUCCCUCGUUGCGAUCCAAGGACUCUCAGCUGUCAGUUCAAACAAAACCCGUUCAAGCAUCUAAGACACCGUCUCUGCGUCAACCUGUACAAUCACGUCGUAGCAUGGCAACACCAGAAGUUAUCCAAGCCAUUGAACCGAGCAAGACGCCUUCAUCGAGACAAAGUGCUAUCCAGGUUGUUGAGGCAAUCAAAGUAACCAAGACCCCAUCUUUAAGACAAAGUGCUAUCCAGGUUGUUGAAGCUAUCGAAGUAACCAAGACACCAUCUUUAAGACAAAGUGCUAUCCAGGUUGUUGAAGCUAUCGAAGUAACCAAGACACCAUCAUUGAGAUCAGGUGCGGUACAAGUCGUAGAAGCAGUACAACCUAGCAAGACACCAUCCCUUAGACCCGCAGCAGCUACAGUCAAAAGUAAGAAGACACCAAAGGAGCGCAAGAGCGUUGGAUUGACCGGUAUCAAGAGACUUAUGAAGACACCAAAACAGAAGAAUUGUGCUGACGAUCCAGAAGAGAACUUCGUUGCAACCAUGUUUGCUACUCCUCACUCUACUCACAAGUCUCACAAGACAAGGAACGCUGUAGCAGACGUAAGUGGUGACUUCGUAGAAGAGCUGGCGAUGCCAAAAGAGAAGUCAACAAAAUCUCCAAGGAUCAGAAAUGCUAUUGCUGAUGUGGAGGACAGACUCGAAGCUGAGCUGUUUGGCUCGUCUGGGAAAGCUAAGAAGACUCCAAAUCCAAAGAAACGCACUUAUUCUGCGCGGGUGACCAGGAAAUUCAAACAGGAAAAGGAAGACGAGGACGCACCUGAAGCAGAACCUCAGAUUGUCUCUGCAGAAGUGGUAGCUGUAGAUGAUGCUAAACCUGAAAAAAGAACUAGAGUCAAGAGAGCAGCUUCUGAAGACUCAAGUGUGAAAGAGCCCGCUAAGAAACGCAUGAGAAAAGCGGCAUCUAAGGAAGAACAGUCUGAAACCAAAGUAGAACCCGCUGUUAUGAAACUGGAGCCUGUGCGUCGCCCAACUAGAAGUUCAGCGCGUGGAAAAGAUUCCAGUAAAACAAAGAAAAGCUCGUCCAAGACUGGCGUAGUUGAAACACCUAAACCAUUGUCAUUCGAGCGCACGGUCUUGGAAGCAAUCCCUGAACUGCCUACUCCAAUGACAUCGCCUCUUCCAAGUACUAGGACAAGGAAAGAGUCUAUGAUGUCCCCAACCCUUGAAGCCAUACAAGAAAAGGAAACCCACGAGAAACCAGCUGAGAUAGUUGAGGAGAAGGUGGUGUCAAGCAAAUCUUCCCGUGGUAAGUCCAAAGCUAAAGCAGAGGAGAAACGUGAUUCUACGGCAGAAGUAGAGGCCGUGGUACCAUCUACACGAAGGGGAAGAAGAACAAAGACUGAAAAAGAACCUGAAGUGGGAAAAGUAGAAGAGAAUGCUGUAGAAUCUAAACCAACGCGUGCUUCUCGAGGGCGUAAAGUCGUAAAGGAAGAACUCCUCGAGGAAACAGUGAAAGCCAACCGUUCGACAAGAAACGCAAAAGGUAAAAAGGCUGCAGAAGUGAAAGAACUUACAAGCGAACUUGAACAAGAAGUAGAAGAUCCAAAACCUAAACGGAAUACAAAAACAAAGAAAGUAGAAAAGGAGGCAGUUACAGGAAAGCCUGUUAGAGCAACACGCACUAGAAAAGCUCAAGAAUCUGCAGCUGUAGAUGUGAAAGAUGAAACAACAGACGAGAACGAAGAAAUCGUAAAGCCAAUAUCCACUAAGACAACAAGAGGCAAGAAAACUGUUGUUGAAAAAAUUCCUGUCGAAAAACCAAAGCAAACACGCUCGACACGAAGCAAGCGAGUGAAAACUGAUGUUGAACCAGCCACUGAACAGCCAAAAGCGACACGUAAUACUCGAGGCAAAAAAACUAAAGUUGAGGAGGUAGAGGAAGAGAAACCAGCCGAGGUCAUUAAACCACGAGCAACUCGUUCGAAGCGUGCAGCAGGAAAAACAGCGCCUCAAGAAGAAGCAAAACCUGUAGAACAAGAAACUUCUGUGGAGAUCAAACCACGAGCAACUCGUUCAAAGCGUGCCACAGGAAAAACAGCGCCUCAAGAAGAAGCAAAACCUGUAGAACAAGAAACUUCUGUGGAGACCGAGCCACGAGCAACUCGUUCAAAGCGUGCCACUGGAAAAACAGCGCCUCAAGCAGAAGCAAAACCUGUAGAACAAGAAACUUCUGUGGAGACCGAGCCACGAGCAACUCGUUCAAAGCGUGCCGCAGGAAAAACAGCAGCACCAAAGAAGGAAGCAAAAGCUUCGACACGAGGGAGCAAGCGCAUGGCAAUAGAAGAUGUAGCACCAUCUCCAAAGAAACUACGAAGAACCACCAGGUCUAGAAGAUAAACCAAAAAAUAGGCUUAGCAUUCUUAAAGUCAUGCUUUUAAUCUCGUUAUUUUAAAAGAACUUUUUAUCUUUGAGGAAGCAUCUUUUAUCACUCCAUCGAUACGUUAAUUUUAUGCGCGCAAAUACAUUAUACAUAGAUACGGUUUUAAGCCUUCCAUUCGUGCGAUACGUUUCUAUUUUAUCAUAUUUUUAUGUCACAAUCGUUGAGUUAUUCUCAAAUUUUAAACAGAAUUGCAUGUUUAUCCAUCAUUAUUUUUGAAGUUUCUGAAGUAGAAUAGUAACCAUAAAAUUUUAACUAGAGCAGGUUAUAGUGUGUAAAUGCUACCAGAGUUAAUACCGGGUAUAGGAGACAUGCAUGUAUGGCUUAUAAAUGCGCAUACAGAUACGAACUCCUUAUCAAUUGCCCUCUGUAAAUAACAUAUAUAAUGGGCUAAAAUAUUAAAUAUUGAUAAACAAAA